AUGGCGGCAGGUGUCAUGAGGAGCUUCCUGGUCCAGACUCCAUCUUGCGACUACUUCCCCAUUCUCUUCCAGCAGUCCUCAUGCAAGGAAGACAAGAAGGAGGGCGAAAAGGAGGACGAGAGGACUGAGGAGCUGGAAGACGAAGAGGAUGAAGACAUGGAGGAAGAAGAGGAGGAAUGUUUUGAAGAAGUUUCCCAUCAUGCUUUGGACGUCACCAAGCAGCUGCUGAAAUUUGCCGACCUCAUCAGUCGAGACGUCCAGAGAUACUUUGGCCGUCGUCACGGCGACCAGGAGACACGGGACAUCUACGACGACAGCGUCUCUGUCACCACCAGCGGGCGCCUGCGUUACUACGACGACCUGCUCAGACUCGCCAGGUCUGGAGGUCCGGAAGAGCGAGAAGACGCUUCUUCGAGGACUCACCAAGACCAGCAGGGGUCUGGUUUGGGCCCCCUGGCGGACCUCUUUGACCACAAAUGUCCUCGUCAGGUCCGUCCCAUGAACACGAGACAGCUGCCGCUCAGCUUUUGGACACAGCCAGACGCCCCCGACACGCACUCGCACUACAGUCUGCUCACACACACCUUGGAGAACUCUCCGCCGGACUUCAGUGACUUGUUGGCCCACUGGGACCCCAACCCUGAGCUCACUGACACUCUGGCGCACGGCACUAAUAUGGAACAUUAAACGCACCAUCUAUACCAUGACUGUAUAGUACUAAAGUUUAAUAU